AUGAUGAUGGAAAAAGAGGAGGCAAAUGGGAAAAUGCAUAGUGGGAAACAGUAUCUCCGAAUAAGAUUCGGAAGACAGACUCGUCAAGAUGAUGAGGAUUUUAUGAUUGCCACAAAGUCACCUUUCCAUUUACUGUCAGAUGAGGGAGAGGGGACAACGGAAAUAAAUGAAGAAUUGGAGGAAGCAAGUGACAAGGUCGAUCAAUGUGGAGAGGAAGAUGCAGAGGAGGAUAAGAAAGUAGAGGAGAAUCAUGAAAAUUUGGGUACGGAGGAAGAUUCAGAGGCCACUGGAACACAACUUCAGGCUGAUGCGGAGGAAUUCCUCUGUUCUCGUGUAUACGCAUCAAAUUUUGAAGAGGAUAUGAAAGUUUUGUGGGAUGACUUGAGAUCUCACUCGCAUUCACCUAUUUUUGGCAAACUUUGUUGGAUGAUCAUGGGUGAUUUCAACGAGAUAUUUCAAGGGAGAAGCCCUCAAAUGACUCGACAUACUCUGGUUCAGAUAGUGGAAUGUCUGCUUUUCAAGAUUUGCUUAGAGUCUGCUGUCUUUCGGACAUGGGUUAUCACGCUUAAGGAGCUCAAAGGAGUUAUAAAACAGAUUUCGAGGGAUAGUUUGCAAAUUCUAACGGCCAAAGUAAAGGAGAGAUAUAAAGACUUAUGUCAGAAGCAGGAGAUGACAUUGUUAGCACUUACGCCUGAUAACCAAAGAGAAGAAUCGAAUGCCUUGGAAAGAUGGGAACAUGUUUCGAAAUUGGAGGAGGGCUAUCUGAAACAAAAGUCGAAACUCCAUUGGUUGAAUGUGGGAGAUCGAUGUACUAAAGUCUUUCACCAUGCAGUUAAAGCUAGAGAAGCAAAGAAUCGUAUCAGAGAAAUCAGGAAUUCCAAUGGUGAUAUGGUCACAGCUCAUGAGGAAAUAAAGGUCGAAGCUGCAAAGUUCUUUGAGGAUUUUUUAAAUACAGAACCAACAGAGUUAGUGACUAUGGAGGAGGAUGUUUUGGCUGAUAUGUUGGGAAUUAAAUGCUCCGCCAUGGAUCAUGAUUUUUUGGUUCGUGAAGUCUCAGAGAAGGAGAUUCACGAUGUGUUAUUUGCUAUGACAGGAGGGAAAUUUCCUGAUCCAGAUGGAUACACGGUGGAGUUCUAUAAAAAGCAUGGCGGAUUAUUAAGAAUGAUUUUGUGGUGA